AUGAGCAAUGGCUCCCAUCUCAUCUCGAUGGGCAUCGCCAGCCAACUGCUGCCAUUUGUGGUUGAGGUUGUUCUGGAUGAUGAGCUUAUAAUGCGAGUGAGGCUGAAGCACACACUGGGCUUCAGGUCUCUUGUUGCGGUGUACGCUCCUACUGAGAUGCGUGAAAUUGAAGAGAAGGAGAUAAGGUUGAGAAUUGCCGGAUCCUGGUACCAGAGAACAGAGUUGCACCUCUGGACUUGGUAUAGCGAUGCCGGAGGAGUAGCUAAGGAAAUUAACAACAUCCUCGUAAGAAGGGUUACCAGAGGCUGCCGAUCGGUGUGGGACAGGACCCGGGCCACGCAGACCGUCCGCCAUGCCCACACCCAGACAACGGCCUUCCACCCACUCCUGCUGCCGCCCACGCCCACUCUCAUCACGCCGCGUCCCUACGUGCCUGCCAGACACUACGACAUGGCCAAGGUCGUUACGGUGCAGAGGAUCGUGCGCGGCUUCCUGGGACGACGAAAGACAGUGAGGGUGAUGAGGAUACGGGCGGCGGCUGAGGAAUCAAUACGGAGGAGGAUGGUUAAUACAGGGGCCACUGGUGAGGACCCAGAGCGUGUAUCCUCCCCCCUCGAGUCUUGUUACAGCACUGACGGAGACUCGGACCCCCAGCAGCGUCGGGAAUGGCUGGUGCCCCUCACUGAACUGUAUGCGCGGCUGGAGAACUGGCGGCGGCGACAGGUGGAGCUAGUGACUGCAACGUUGACGGGGCGGGAGCGGCGGCGGGCACUAUCGGCGCUACUGGACAAGGAGACAGAGCUGUUGCGGGCGCUGGAGGCUCACCGCGCCAUUCGCUCCGCCCGACGCAGAAACGCCGCUGUGGCCCACUUCUUGCAGGAGGUGUCGCGGCCGCAGGUUUGGGCGGUUCGCGGGCGUGUCGGUGCCGUGGAGGUGGAGACGGCGGAUACCCAUCCCAUCAGGACGCUCGCAGGUCUGGCCACCUCGCUGUUGCAGGACGCCACGCCGGACCAGCGCGCUAGCCACCUACAGACGCUCGCCACCACGGUCGUGAACCACCAAGCGGGUCGCGCGGUUGUCGGGGCGGCAGCGGGCGGAGGCGGGGCGGGGUGGGGAAGCAAGCGCGUGGCGGCUGACCUACAGAAGCUGGCAGGUCGCGGGCUGAACCUCCUCGCUCGCGGGACCACCGACGGGCGGCUGUGAGGGUUGCGGCGGCGGCUACACGGUCUGAUCAAGGCCUUCUAAAAGGGAAGGCCUGUGCACAGGGGGCGUGACGUCAGCCUACGUCACGGGGGUUGGGCCAUGGAUAGCGGCCUGCUUGUAUGGCAACUCGAGAGCUAUCUGGAGAAUCUGGCAGCGAGCGGGUCGCGACCGGGAUGACCAGUCGAGGAUUGCUCGUGACCCGUGAGGAGAGCCUGAUUUACUGCGGCAUAUUUUACACCAUAUUGCCGAGACUUUAGGAUAAAUCUGUGAUAAUAGAGACAACACAAUGCCGGGGAAGUGCUCCGUGCCUCUCUGCAGAGGAAAUUAUAAUAGUGAUUCUCGUGUUAGUGUCUUCUCCUUCCCGAAGAAUCCAGAGCAGCUGACCACAUGGGUCCGGGCCAUUCACCGCGAGGAUUCUUUUAUCCCCACAAACCAUACCAAAGUAAGUAUAUCAAAUGAUUCGUAUAUGUUAUAUGUAUCUUUCUUUGCCCGGCUACACUGUGGAUUUAAUCAAGCUACUUCUGUUGUAACUCACAAGACAUUAGAGAAGUAUUGGAAUCUAAUUGUUAUUAUCAAUGUGGCGGGAAGCUGAUGAAAACAAUGGCUCUCCAGUAUUUUCUUAUACUGGGAAGGAGGAUGGCUAUUUUUUUAAUGGCAUUACUGUUAUGAAUAUUGUUACUAAGGUCCUGAUAAAAUUCAAGCAUCAGCUUUCUAACAAAAAAUAAAUAAACUAGCUAUAAAUAAAAGAACCACAUUUCAAUUUAGUUACCCAGCCAUAUGUCCCGUAUACUCAAUUUUCUUUAGUCAUUUUUAAUAGCCUUAUUUAAUUCUUCUAUAUAUAUAUAUAUAUAUAUAUAUAUAUAUAUAUAUAUAUAUAUAUAUAUAUA